UGUUCUACAAUAAAAAAGUAAUCAACGCAUUAUAAUUAGGCACCGCUYGGUGUGAUUUAUUCGACUUCAGACAUUGUGUAGUACACUAUGCUGACAUUUAGACUCAUAWAGUCGUACUUUUUUACCUUUUUCUUAUUUCCAUCAUGAUUUCCUUGCGUUUUGACACGUCUUUGUCUAAAAACGCGCAAAGUUAACGCAGCAAUUACGCAGCUAAUCCGUCGUUAUUGAAUUCAACUGUGUAUUUGUCAUUUCAAUGAAUAUAUUGAAAAACAUCACUGACGGUCGUCCAACCUGAAACAUCAAAAUGGCUGAAUCGACUUUGAUUUAAAUCUUCCAAAUCUGCAUUUCUCAUUAAUUUUCAAAUUGCCAACACUAUUGGAAAUAAUUUGCACAGUGAACCRGAGACAGUKUGUUGGACUGAGAAAGGGGUUUUGAGUAAUCGWGAUGGUUCUUAAUUAGACUUACUGCCAGCGCUGUCGAUCAGUUCGACAGCAAGGUCCUUAGCACACACUGGACGCAUUCCAAGCUUCUUAUUUUCAUGUUGAGCGCCUUAGCUAAACAGGUUACUAAAUGAAGCUACCAAGAGGGUUACUAUAUACGCUACUUYUCCUGUGGUCCAAAGCCAGCUCAAGAUCUCUUCCAGUUGAUUACCACCCUACCAAAACGACUGUCAAGCCAACAACAGUUCCGAUACCUGGCUGGGGUAAUUUGACAGAUGCAGAGGUUAAAUUGCUGCUUGAGAAAAAGAAAAUACAAUCAGAAUCUACUACCGAGGCCACGUUUCGUCCACUAGACGAAAAAGCAAACAUUCCAGGUCAAAAUGUAUCCAGACUUCUUGAACAGACAUUCAAACAUUACGAUAAGAGGAUAAGACCGUAUUAUGGAGUAAAGAAACUCGAAGUUGGGCUCAACAUGCUGUUUCUAUCAUUUGGUGAGCUCAGUGAAACAAAUAUGGAGUUYACCGUGGAUAUGUACUUGGGCCAGUUUUGGACCGAGCCGCGUUUGGCUUUUGGACUAAACCGGUCCAUAAUCCUUAGCGGUGACUCAUCCGAGAAGCUCUGGGUUCCYGAUACGUUUUUCUGUAAUUCUAUUGAUACAAAGAUUCACACUCUGAUAUUCUCUAAUAAGAAAGUAUGGAUUAAUUUAGUUGAUGGCGAAGUAAUGCUUAGCGCUAGGUUAACAACGAGAAAUUCGUGCAAAGUUGACUUGCGGAACUAUCCAAUGGACGAACAGACGUGCCACCUGCCGAUAGAAAGUUUUUCUUAUGAAGAUAAAGACCUGAAUUACACAUGGCGGGCUCCCUUUGGCCUUGGUACAGAAAUCUUCAUAUACGAUAAAGAAAUGGCACAGUUUGAAAUUGUUAGUGCUAAACGAUUUCUUAAACACCCUGUCUACCAUUCUCAAAUGUUCUCUGGUCUAACCGCAACCGUGCGAUUCCGUCGACGAUCACUUUAUUACAUUUUCCAAAUGUACAUUCCCUGUAUAUGCGUUGUGAUCGUCUCAUGGAUCGCCUUCUGGAUCGACCACUCUGAAGGGUCAGAACGCGUUGGCCUUGGCAUAUCAGCUGUACUGACAAUCAGCUACAUGAGGGGCUCAAUGAAUGCUGGGAUGCCCCGGGUGUCGUAUCUGAAAUCGAUUGAUUAUUUUCUGCUCAUCUCAUUUGUGUUCGUUUUUAUGUCGUUGAUCGAGUACGUGCUGGUCAUCAAGGAAUUUAGGAAAGGAAAACGGAAAGGAAAAGACGAUCUGCCGGGUGUUUUACCUGGAUCACAGGGAACAAAGGAAGAGACAGAGCAAAUGAUUGUAACAGUGACUUCAGGGGACAAAACUUUCCGUUUCAAAGACACGAGCGACGACUACGCCGUUCUAUCCAAUAUGGAAAUGGAAUCAUCGUCGGAGUUAAAACAAAUGAACCACAACAGCUUCCCUAAAAUACGCAAACCCAGCAAUGUGAGCUUUACCAGUAAUAGUCUAAGAACUCCCGGUCGACGGCGACCGAGCCGACGAGACUUGCAACGUAAAUCGUCGGUAGCUCGGUUUAUUACGAAGACAGCGAAGACUGUACGACCGGAGAAAGGUGUACAUGUUCUGGACAAGUACUCACGGAUAGUAUUUCCAAUAUCUUAUAUUCUGUUUCUGAUUAUUUACUUCUCGGCGCAAUAUCAUACCAGCUUUACCUGAUGAACGAUUCUUCGACAACGUUGAGGUUUAUUAAUUCAAUGGUUUGGAUUUUGGAGGAAGCUAGUCUACCGUGACUGCCAAAUUUGGAAGUGYUUCCCGAAAUAAGGCAUCGAGAAUUGACAAUCAAUUGCGACUGCCAAAGUUAAAGUGAUGACAACAUGUCAUUUCAUGGGAAUUAAAAUCCAGUGGCUGUUGUGGAUAUCUMGAAAAAUGUGGUUAGAGCAAAGAUCCGAAAAUAUUGCAAUAUGGAUCGAAACGAUCACAACAUACGGUUUUUUGGAUUAUAGAGGGAACUAGUCUACAUGGAUUCUAAUUGUGACUGCCAGCCAGAUUAGGAAAUGGUGCCAAAAAUAUUGAAUUAGUUUUCAAAAUUAAAUGCUUCUAUUCGAUAUAUUGAAGAAACAGCCAUAGCAGAUAUUCUAAAUGAUUGCCUAAUAUGGAAAUGAUGACCAAWAUAUGGUAUUAAUACAGUAACUGCAAAAGAGAGAACUAAUUUCUUWAAAUGGAAAUGAUAUCCCACAAGACAUUGGAAACUGAAAUGAAGGGGUGCUGCACAUUGAAUGAAGUGUACGGAGUUUUUUGUUUUUACUAAUUAUCACAAAAAAUGCUUUCCUGAAAUGCAGCCUCUUAGCUACAAGUUUCCAAUUAAAUUUGAUAUUGUUUUCUGGGAUUGACAUGAAUUCUUCUAUGUAACCUUACGAGGCAUCUCCUGAUAUCAACGGCACAUCGGCUAUGCCCUUAAAAUGGUUUUGGUGUUGACUUAGAAGAAGUGUGUUUCAAAGUUGUGAUUUGCACAUCAAAAAAUAAAAACUUUGCGACAUU